CGUCAGGGUGACAGCAGUUUGCCAGUAUGGCGCUGCACAUGGUUUGAAUAGUAAGUGAGUUAACGUGAAGGUCUUUUCGUGUUUGUGUGAGCUGAAUUCGCCCCUGACAGGGAGGCUGAGAGGGAGGCACAGAGCAGGCCCAGCACACACACAGAGAAUGUCCAAGAUAUCCAAGGCGGCCAAGGCGGUGAAGAAGGUGGAUGCAGGUGGUGUGAUAAGAGCAAUUGUUCGGUCAGGACAGGCGGCUCCAGGCCCUCCGCUGGGCCCCAUCCUGGGACAGCGCGGCAUCCCAAUUGGCGUAUUCUGUAAAGACUUCAACGAGAAAACGAAAGACCUCAAAGAAGGCAUCCCUCUUCCCAUCAAGAUCAACGUCAAGCCGGACAGGACGUAUGACUUGAAGAUCGGGUUGCCUAUUGUGUCUUACUUCUUAAAACAGGCCGCAGGCAUAGAGAAAGGAGCAGGGAAGACGGGGCAUGAGAUAGCUGGGAUGGUGUCUGUAAGGGCGGUGUAUGAGAUAGCACGGGUCAAGGCCCAGGACGAAUGCUUCAAGCUGCAGGAUGCCUCCAUGCAGACAGUGGUCAAGAGCAUCAUCGGCUCAGCCAGAUCCCUCGGCAUCCAAAUCGUCAACGACUUGUCACCCGAAGAGUACGGGGAGUUUCUCCGACAGCGAGAGGAGAAGCUGAAGGAGGAAGCUGCAGCCACCGCGGAGGCACCCGCAGGGAAGAAGAAAUAACGAAAAAAUCACAGAGGAUCUGCCUGUCAUGUAUUUAUACUGCAUCGCUGUCAACAGCAACCAUCCCCUCUGCAAUAUGCAGAGACCAUUUACUUGUGGAAAACUUGAAUUUACACAGUGUCUGUCUUUGGUAAUAAAAUAUGCUUGUUUUACACCCUC